AUGUUUAGAUAUUAUUUUUAUUAAAAAUUGAAUAAAAGAUCAAGAAAAAUAAAGAUGAUAUAAUAGAAAAAAUAUUUUUAAAAUCUAUCUAAUUUAUUAAACUCUGAACUAUUAACUCACAUAAAUCUUGAACUUGAUCUACAUAUCGAUAGCCAUGGUGUAUAAAAUUUAGCUUAAGUCUUAUUAUAAUGCUCUAAUAUGUAAAUAUUGGCUCUUGAUUUAAGCGUUAAUAAUAUUUAUACAGACUAUGGAAUAAAUUCAGAAGCAGCAUUAGAUUUAGUCUCUACUUUAGCUAAAUGCGACAAACUUUCAAAUUUAACUCUUGACUUCUACGGAAAUUCAUUAUUUGAUAACAAUUGUUCAUUUUCAAAAAAAUUAUCUUCUGCAUUUACAAAGUUCCAAAAUCUGAAAAGACUAUGUCUCUCUUUACAGAGAAGCUCAAUGCGUAUUGCAGAUUAUUUUGAAUUAGGUUCUGGUUUCGCUAAAUGUACAAAAUUAUAGAUUUUAGAGCUUGAUUUAUUUGAUAAUAGAAUUAAUGAAAAAGGUGAGGCAAACUUAAUUUCUACUUUAUUUAAGUGCAAUUAACUAAUAUAUUUAUACCUAAUCAUUCAGUAAGUAGUAUUCUUAUCAAAUUAAUUUUUUUUUUCAUUUUUGUUAAGUUUUACAUAUUUAUUGAUUAAAAAUUUUUUUAUAAACAAAAAAGAUUUUAAACAGAAAAAUCAACUACAAAGCUACAUAAAAUGA